AAAUGCAAACAAAAGAAAGGAAGCUUGAAAUAGAUAAACAACGCCAUAACAAACGGAAUGCAAUGCGGAGACUUCUGGAACAAAAUAUGGACAUUGAACAUGGUGUGACGGUAAAGUUAUUAUUUUUUGCAAAAUCCAAAGAAUUGGCUGGGAUCAAAGAAACAACUGUUCGGUUACCGAAAAAGAUAAGCUACAAACAACUGCUGAAUUACAUCGCUGAACAUUACAACUUACAAUCUAUUAAGGAUAACAUAUUAUUAGCGAAAAACGAAGAAGUCUGCGAAGAGACACUUGAUAUUGAAAUAAGUGAACGAGAUAGCAUUGCUGUGAUACCUCCUCUAAGUGGAGGAUAG